UCUGCUGUACUUCAUCUGCUGGAUAUUUGAGGUUUUUCUACCAUUUAUUAGCUUCAUUUUUACAUGGGACGAGCUUGACGCAAAGCCUAGUGGAGCCUCUCUCUGUGAAUGUAUCCUUAUGCGGUUAAAUGGUGCCUGACUCGCAGGAAUCUCCUCUGCACAACAGUACAGCCUCUGACUGGGGAGGAAAACCAAACCAGCUCUGUGCGCAGAGACGCACGGCGCCUCAUCCAACCAGCGCAAGUCCCACCAAACCGGGCUAACACUUUUCACAUUUAAACCGUUAAACUCGCUGCAACUGCACGCCUCCCGUCUCCUUUAUCUCAAAUCCAGACGCAGGAAAUCUUUUUUCCCCCCUCUUCCUUCUCUUGAAGUGGAACUAACGGCCAAUCUGAUCACCGAUGAAUUCCGCGAAGUUCCCGGCGUUUGGAAGUGCGGAGUUCGGCAGGGGGAGUGGAGAGAAGCCGAGUGGUGCUGAGUGGAUUACUUGUCGAGUGACCCGCAACGAUGCCUCCGACUGAUCUGAACUUUGAUUCGCGCAGAAAUUCACCCUCCGAGGAGCAGUUGUGAACAUUAUUAUCGGUACCACUGCGGAGUUCAGGAACUCUUCUCCACCCUGAUCCCCCGGCAGUCGGCUCCGCUGCAGAAGUUGUCAUUUAAAUGAAAUAGACAAAGAUCCCAUUCUAACUGGAUUAACACCGUUUCCAGCUGCUCUCAGAGAUGCCUGCCUGGUUUACAGGAAUUUACUGUCUACUGGCAUUGCUAAAGAUUUGUUCAGGGUCACGUCUUCGCCAGGAAGACUUCCCUCCCCGCAUCGUGGAGCACCCCUCUGACCUCAUCGUGUCCAAAGGGGAACCAGCCACUCUCAACUGUAAAGCAGAAGGCCGUCCAUUCCCCACGGUGGAAUGGUACAAAGAUGGGGAGCGCGUCGAGACGGACCGUGACAACCCCCGCUCCCACCGCAUGCUGCUGCCCAGUGGCUCCCUCUUCUUCCUACGCAUCGUCCACGGACGGCGGAGCAAACCGGAUGAUGGCAGCUAUGUGUGCGUGGCCCGAAACUAUCUGGGCCAGGCGGUCAGUCACAAUGCAUCCCUGGAAGUAGCCAUUUUGCGUGACGACUUCAGGCAGAACCCUGUAGAUGUGAUGGUUGCAGUGGGUGAGCCGGCGGUGCUGGAGUGCCAGCCACCGCGAGGACACCCCGAGCCCACCAUCUCCUGGAGGAAAGAUGGAAGCAACUUGGAUGACAGAGAUGAACGCAUCACAAUUCGGAGUGGCAAGCUGAUGAUCACCAACACGAGGAAGAGUGAUGCGGGGAAGUACAUCUGUGUUGGAACUAACAUGGUGGGAGAGAGGGAGAGCGAGAUCGCUGAACUCACAGUGCUUGAGCGGCCGACCUUUGUGAAGCGGCCCAGCAGUGUAGUGGUGUUGGCAGACGAGAGUGUGGAGUUCCACUGUGUGGUUCAAGGAGACCCUGUUCCCACUGUCCGCUGGAGGAAAGAUGAUUCUGACCUGCCUAAGGGCAGAUUUGAAAUCCUAGAGGACCAUACCUUGAUACUUCGCCAAGUGACCUCUUCAGAUGAGGGCUCCUAUACGUGUGUGGUGGAGAACAUGGUUGGGAAGUCUGAAGCAUCCGCCACGCUCAGUGUACACGUGCCCCCAGCAUUUGCCAUACGCCCCAGGAACCAGGUGGUGGCAGUGGGCAGGACGGUCACCUUCCAGUGUGAGGCUACUGGCAACCCACAGCCCGCUAUUUUCUGGCAGAGGGAAGGCAGUGAGAGUCUUCUGUUUUCUUACCAGCCGCCGCAGCCCUUUAGCCGUUUGUCUGUCUCCCAGAUGGGCAGUUUGACCAUUACCGAUGUUCAGCGCACUGAUGGCGGCUUCUACAGCUGCCAGGCUCUCAACAUCGCUGGCAGUGUCAUUACCAAAGCACUGCUGGAGGUUACAGACUCUGGGUCAGACCACCCUCCCCCUGUCAUUAGGCAGGGCCCAAUCAAUCAGACUGUUCCUGUGGACAGCACUGUAGUACUGGGCUGCCAGACGUCUGGUACUCCACCACCUACAGUCCACUGGAAGAAGGAUGGUGUGGUGGUGUCUCCUGUGGACUCCCGUAUGUCCUUAACAGAAACAGGAUCGCUGAAGAUUCACUAUGCUAAGCUGGGAGAUACUGGCUCCUACACAUGUGUAGCUUCUAGUCCCAAUGGAGAGGCUUCUUGGACAGCAUACCUGCAAGUGGAAGAGUUUGGAGUUGUUGUCCAGUCCGGUCAGCCCAUAGACCCUAACCUGAUUCCCAGUGCUCCUUCUAAGCCUGAGGUGACUGAUGUCAGCCGGACUUCAGUCACUUUGUCAUGGAAAUCUGGCGCCACUGCUGGUGCAUCAGCUACAUCUUACAUAAUUGAAGCAUUCAGUUAUACAUUAGGCAGCAGAUGGAUGACCCUGGCUGAGCAUGUAAAGACACAGACUUUUGUCGUGAGAAACCUGAAGCCUGGAGCUGUCUACCUCUUUAUGGUCAGAGCUGUGAAUGCUUAUGGCCUCAGUGACCCCAGUCCAAUCUCUGACUCUGUCAGAACACAGGACAGCACCUCCACCAUACAGGGAGUGGAUCAUCGUCACAUCCAGAGAGAACUUGGAGAUAUUGUGAUCCACCUGCACACACCAAUUGUCCUUUCAUCUUCUGCUGUCAGGGUGCAGUGGAUGGUCGAGCAGCAGUCUCCAUACAUCCAGGGUUACAAGGUGCUUUACAGGGCGUCUGCAGGGCAUGGCCAGCCUGAGGCACAGUGGAAUGUCCUGGAGGUACGUGCCCUCCGGGAGGAUGGUGUGGUGAUCAGUCAGCUGAAGAAAGGAUCCAUCUAUGAGUUCAAAGUGCGCCCCUUCUUUGAUGAGUUCCAGGGAGCUGACAGCGAGGUGAAGGUGGUCAGGACAUUGGAAGAAGCCCCUAGCAGGGCACCCCAGGGUGUUACAGUUACAAAGAGUGAUGCCAAUGGGACUGCCAUCCUUGUUUCCUGGAAACCACCUCCACAAACAGAAGAGGCUGGAGUCAUUCAGGAAUACAAGAUCUGGUGCCUGGGUAAUGAGAGUCGCUACCAUGUAAACCAGUCGGUGGAUGGCUCCACCUUCUCUGUGCUCAUUUCCAGUCUGGCACCAGGAAUUCGCUACAGUGUGGAGGUUGCAGCCAGCAAUGCGGCCGGACCCGGAGUAAAGAGUGAUGUUGCUUUCUUUCAAUUAGACUCUGCAGGCCAGAUGAUGGAUAUCAGUGAGGAGAGAGACACAUUGUCUCAGAUCUCAGAUGUGAUGAAGCAGCCUGCAUUUAUCGCUGGCAUUGGCGCCACCUGCUGGUUGGUUCUGAUGAUUUUCAGUGUGUGGCUGUACCGUCAUCGCAAGAAGAGAAGCGGCCUCAGCAGCACAUACACUGGCAUCCGCAAGGUCCCGUCAUUCACCUUUACACCUACAGUCGCAUAUCAAAGAGGAGAAUCUGUGUGCAGUGCUGGCAGACCUGGCCUUCUCAGCAUGGGUGAACCUCUAAACCAGCUGUGGUUGCCAGACAAUUGGCCGAAUGCCUGUGCCAAUCACAAGGACUGUAGCAUCAACUGCUGCAACAAUGGCAAUGGCACCAGUGACAGUAACAUGACAACAUACAGCCGACCAGCUGACUGCAUAGCCAACUAUGGAAACCAUCCAGAAAACAAACAGGGGGGACAGCUUGGUUCUGAGACAGCCAUAUACAGUGAUGUGAACCUAUCCAACAAGCUCAAUGAGAUUAAAACAUUCAACAACUCCAAUUUGUGCUAUGCAAGUCCGGGAGGAGAUUCAACAGCCACAUAUGAGCCCAUUCCAUAUGCCACCACACAGCUCAUUCAGGCCAGCAUUAAGAAUAAGGCAGCCGCUGGUGGAUCUACAGCGGAGCCUAUGGAUAUACCCUGCUGGAAACAGCCCCCGAAUCUGCCUCCAAUACCAAAGGAGAUGGCAGCACAGAUGCAGUACAGCCUGAUUGAGCAAAACAGUAAAGAUCAUCUGCAAGGAGGCGAAGGAAUGGUCCAUCCUAAAACUAUCCCCUACAACCAGACCCGAGAUCACAGCACAGGAGGCUCACACCACAGUUCAGACAGAGGCAGCAACAGCACGUCAGGGAGUCAAAACCAAAAGAAGGGAUCACGCGCCCCAAAGAUCCCAAAGCAUAACGCAGUAAGCUGGGGAGAAGCUCUGUCUACUCCUCAUGCUAAUGCCUGGGACUGCGAUGAAUAUAGCCUGCCUAUGGAAAGGGGUUUUGGUCCAGAGGAGACAAUAGAUGGAUGCCCCACUCCACCAAUUAGAGGAGCUGCCUCCUCCCUUCCUGAAGCGUCCUAUAGUCACCCACCUACCACGUCAUCACAGGGAGACCUCAGCAGUGGCCUGCAUGAUGGAACCGAACACCUCAGCCAACACAUCACCAGCCACCCGCGCCCUCUUUCCCCAACACACACCUACAGCUCAAUACCCCUCUGCAUGGUCACCGACGGUCAGGACGAGGAUGAAGAGGAGGAGGAGGUGGAGGAGGAGGAGGAGGAGGAGGAGGAAACAGAUGCAGAGCUUGCUGAAAGUAACUACAGCCAACACCACAACCAUCAGAAGCACAAGCACCAGCUGCACCACCCCACUCCUCACAAGCUGCUCCUCCACGGUCUGGAGCAGACCCCAGCCUCCAGCACCGGAGAUCUGGACAGAUCGGUCACGGGGUCCAUGGUUAACAGCUGGGGCUCAGCAUCUGAGGACAACAUCUCAUCAGGCAGGUCCAGUGUUGUCAGCACCUCGGAAGGAUCCUUCUUUACAGAUGGCGAUUUCAACCAGGCAGUAGCCUCAUCGCGUGAUAUGGUCGGCCUGCGCAUGUGCAGAUACCCGGAGGAGUCAGGCCGGCGGCACCAGCGACCCAGCAGCCCCAUGUCAACAGAUAGUAACAUGAGUCCUGCAAUAACACAUAAAAGGCCCAGGAGGCAUAAACAACCCAAAGACGUCUUCAAUGAUGACUCUUGCAUGCCUCUGAAUUUCACCAGCCAGAUGUCCCACGCUGACUAUAAAGUGAGGGGGGCCACGCUGCCUCGGAUGGGCUCUGGGGAGGCUCGGGGUCGACGAGGCAGCACUGGGACUCACAGGGUCAAAGAGGGCACAUUUGAGCAGAGAGAGAGCCAGGAGAAGCACAAGACUCCAUUAGCAGGAAAAGGAAACAGCAAAAGCCGACAGCACUCAGAAUUCGGGGACAUUCUUCUGUACAGUCGUCCCUCUUUCCCUUCAGGUCAAGCACAGAGGGAGCCAGAUGAUUCUAAUUCGUCUAGCUUUUUGUCAUUUGGAGACUCGAGGACCAAGCAUGGAGAACAUAUGGUACCUACAGGACAGGUGGAAGAGGUAGAUGGCAAUCAGGAAUGAAUUUCCUGAAAAGCUAAGAAGCAAGAUGAGUACAAUGGGAAUGUCCUACAGGUGCUUCAGACAAAGGACUAUGACAUUUACAUGGAAAAAGACUCUUAAAAUACUGCACAAAACACGCUAUUGUUUUCUACUUCAAAUUUCUCAUUAGGUGUUGGAAAAAAAAAAGAAAAAGUGCUCUCAUGUGUAAGUCUGUGGACUUCAGUUUGAUGCACUGUUUAUUGUUUGCUUUUUGUUUUUGUUUUUUUGUUUUUUGGGUGACCAGAUUCCAGGACCUGGAGCCGCUGGUUGCUCUGUAAAGUGAGAUGAAUGCACAUUUGAUGGCGGUUGUGAGUGUCUACAAAAAUGUUGUCCAUGGUGACUGCUUGAUGCGGUCCAUAUGAUCUUUGUUUGUCAGUUGUCCUGUUUUGUUUUGUUUUUUUGUUUGUUUUUUUUUUACUGUAAUUGAUAUACAGUCAUUACCAGCCAUCUUGUAAAUUGUUUACUGCCACAGAAGUGCUUCAAAUUCAAAUUUUAUAUAACAGUGUUAAUGUUUUAUAAGUGAUGUACAUCUUGUCUUUGUAUUAUUUGUCCUACUUUGGUUAUAAAAGCACAAUCACUUAAUUUUAUUCUAAGUCAUUGCUCUAUGAAUUUCAGUCUGGAGGAAAUCAGUUUUUGGAGUCUUGUUAAUCAUUUCAUCGGUUGACUUCAGGCAGAGAAAAAAAAAGAUUGUCGAUUGUGAUUGUGCAUUCAGUUGCGUACAUUUGAGCUGCUUUCAUUCAGAUUUGAACUAUCUGUUGUGUAUACUGAGAGAAUUGCAUGCAGAUUCACCUGUAGGAGGUUUUACUUUAACAUCUUGACUGCUUUGUCCUCCCUCUGGGAUGAUGAAAAGUGUGGUCAUGGACUGGUUCCAAUUAUUGUUUCUCUCCACUGAGUUCAUUUCAUCUUCUCCUGUGUUCCCUUGACCUUGGCCAUAACUUAUGGAGUAGGGCUGGACAAUGCACCGAAUUGAUCAAAUUAACAACUAUGAAUCUCUUACCAAUGUGAAUCCACUUACAUUACAAUUUGCAAUAAAUAAACCCAUUUAAUUAAAGUGAGAAUGACUACAAAACAAUGAUAUCUUGGCAGAAGUUCAGCCAACUAAUCUGCACCCAAUUAAGAACUAGAUGUCCGAAGUUACAGUAUCUUAAACUGCUCUUCCUGUUGUUAAUCAAGAGAAAUGUUGGAUAUUAGUUCAUGUUAUCAGCAAAUCAGAAUUGUUUAUCACACACUUAAAUGUACAUUUUGCCAUAGAUUUGGUCAAAUUAUCCAGUCCUCUUCUGUAAGUUUUAUAUGGAGAAAAAAAUGUCACUUUAACUUCUCUCCUUGAAUAAAUAUUGCUGUUCCUUAAGCAACAACAAGAAA